UCCGUUCUGCUUUUUCCUGCUCCUGCGUUACUCAUGUUGGAUUAACCUUUCUAUUUUAUGUAUAGAUGCAGUUGCACCUGUGCAGUCUGAGCCACACAGUUCCAGUUUGUUUUUAACCGUAUCUGUUUGUGGACUUUGCUCUUUGCUCGAUUUCUUUCUUCCCGCUUGUUUCCUAUUGUUGUCUCACUGCUUCCCUCACAUCUCCCUCAGCAGCCUUUUCCUGCAUUACUUUCGACAAAAGUUUCAUUUCUUGGUCAUGGAUGAUUUCGUAAGAACCAAACUGGUUGAAUGGGGGCUAAGUGAGUGGGUAGAAAAAUUUAAAGAUGAACAAAUCGAUGCUGAAAGUCUGUAUGAGCUUGAUGAUCGAGAAAUUGAGAAUUUGAUCACAAAAGCUGGACCAAGAGUGAAAUUCAGGAAGAGACUCAAGCUGUUAAAGGGUAAACAGGAGCAUGAAGAAGUAGCUGGUUUGGUUCAGGAAGAACAAACCUCAAAUCAGGAAACAGUCAUUUCUUUUCAAUAUGAACAGGAGCAUGAAGAAGCAGCUGAUGUGGUUCAGGUCUUGCCAUCCACAAGUGAUACAGGAAAGAGAAAAUCAGACCUUCAAAGUGAUGCCAGCAGGUUGCAGUCACCAGCUAAGCGUCAGCGUCAGUCUGUGCCAGGAUUUGCAGAAUCAAUCAUACUGUCUGAUGUGAAAAGCAUCAUGACAUUUGUACAUGAAAGACUAAAUGAGCAAGACAAACUCAGUGAUUUCUUGAAGAAAAAGAUCAGUGAUUUGGAGACAGACAAGAGGGAGCUGGUUGGCGUCUUUGGUAAAACUGGGGCUGGAAAGAGCUCUUUGAUAAAUGCCAUCAUCAAAGAGAAGAAUCUUUUACCCUCAGGAAGCAUCAAUGCCUGCACCUCAGUCAUGAUAAAACUGGAAGCUAAAACACACAGCUCAAAGUAUGAAGCAGAAAUUGAGUUCAUCACAAAAGAGGAGUGGAGAGAUGAGUUGUGGUCAUUUCGUCAGCUUCUUGACAAUAAUAAAAAUCAGGAAAAGGAAGACGAUGAUUAUCAUGAUGCUGUUGAAAAGCUGUCAGCACUGUAUGGACAAGAAUGGAAAAAGUCCUUUGAAAACCUCAUGGAGAACAAAUAUUUCAAAGAAAUUCCAGAAUUUCUCCAAUCCAGGCGGAAGAUUUUGACAUGUGAAUCAGUUAAUGAACUCUCUGCACAAUUUGUCAAGUACACAAGAAGUGAUUCAAAACAAGGAGAAGGUAAUGAAGGAAAAAAGUGGUUUUGGCCACUAGUGAAGUGUGUGACUGUCAGGGUGCCAAACAAUCCUUUUCUCCAGCAUGUCACACUUGUGGACCUCCCUGGAAAUGGUGACUGUAACAAGAGCAGAGAUCAGAUGUGGAAAGGGAUAGUUGGAGAUUGUUCUACUGUGUGGAUUGUGACUGACAUUAAUCGAGCAACAUCAGAGAAAGAGGCCUGGGAGAUCCUGGAAAGUGUCAGUAGUCUGAUUGGAAAUGGUGGCGAAUGUCAGCAAAUUCAUUUUAUCUGCACCAAGUCUGAUCUUGUUGAUGAUUCAGAUGAUCUUUCAUCAGCUGAUAUCCAUGAUCGAAUAGUUAAAAGAAACAUGCAAGCCAAGGGUGAAGUAAAGAAGGCAUUCAACAAGCGAACCAAGAUUAAUAAACACUUCACUGAUGACAGUUUCAAAGUGUUCACAGUGAGCUCCAGAGAGUUCCUAAAAGGGAAGCAUCUAAGUCCAAAAGAAACUGAAAUAACCAAACUUCAGGGAUUUUUGCAAGUUCUCAAUGACUGUCACUCUGAGAUAGUAAACUAUGUGAAUGGAGCUUAUGGGAUUCUGUCUUUGAUUCAAGGAGCCAACUCCAGAGGAGUGGAUAGUAAAAAAGGCGAGGUGUUUGCAGAACUUGAGAGAAUCAUGAACCUCCAGCUUGAAAAUGUCCGAAAAGAAAUGGAAGAGACCUUUACGGCUUUUGAAAAAUGUCUUAAUGAUGGCGUUGAAAAAUCCAAAGGUUCAUAUGGAGAAAAACUCAAGAACUUCUUGUAUCGUGGAAAGAACAAUGGUUUUUGCAGGGUACUGAAGUGUGUUGUUGAGAAUGGUGGCGUGCACAAACCAAAAAAAGGGACCCUAAUAAACCUUAACAUGAAGCUGGCUUCAUGUCUGACCGACAGCAUUGAUGAAAAAUUCAGAGAGAUCUUCCCAAAUGACUCAGAACGUGGAGCAUUCAACGGAGUCAUCAAUGAAUUUUCUCUUAACACUGAUUCUCUGAUUGAAAAGUACAAAAGUGCUGAACUGCAGCUCAGAUUUCUCAGGACAGAGGAAGAAAAAAUUAAGGCAAAACUGAACAGAAUGAUGCGGAAACAGAAGAAAAGAGUCUACAGCAGUCUGACAGAGACAAUUGAAGACAUUAUGGAAGAAGGCUACAAGAAGGCUGCAGAAUUUGAAGGAGAAGGCAUGCUGUACUGCAUGAGGGAGACUAUUAAGAACCACGUGCACUCAAAGAAGGACAUGUUUGAGCAGGCAAAAAAUACCAUGUUGGAGAAGUUGCACAGUUUGAUGGUAAACAUCCUGGAGAUUCUGGAGAAAAUUAUGAAGGAAUCCAUUGAAAGUUCAUUUAAAACUGAUGGGAGCUUACUCCCAGAUGUUUCAACAGAGCUUGAGAUGGUGAAGAAAUAUUAUGAUCAACUUGCAGCCACUCCAGACGAUGAAACAUCACUUGGCAGGCAAGCAGGAGUGGUGGACCCAAAAUGCAGGACUCAGACUCAAGGGAUGAACUCAAAAGCUUUGAUCUCAGCUUUAUUUGCUGGCACAGGAAAUCAAGCUUACAAAGCAAACUAAACUAAACUGGGAAACAACAUAAACUCACGGGGCAAAGGAAUACAGAAGCUAAGAAAUAUAGAACAGAAACCAAAACACCAGCAGUCAUAAGCCAAGAAUCCAAAGGAAAACAGACCAAUAAACAAUAAUAUAGAAUCAAAACACUGGGCCACAGGCCCAGAACCGUGAUAGUUUUGGAUGUUUCAGAUUUGCUGACUGGAUAGAAACUGCAGAAACCUGGACACAUACAGGUUCUCCCAGAGGAAGUGCUGAUUAAAUCAAAAAACCAUCUUUGAUUGAUUUUGUCUCAAUCAUUUUCAGUUGUUUUUGUUGGGUCUAUUUAAAAGUUGUUUGGUGACAUUUGACUUUGAUUUUGAGAAUGUCUGUAUCUUUAAUGAUUCAAAUCUUGAGGCUGACAGAGCAGUUUGAGGAAAAACUGAAAGAGAUUUACAUUACAUCACUCUACAUAUAUUUCAAAUCUAUUUUAAUGUUUUUAUUUUAUGAAUUUAGUUAUGGCUCAUUCAGAUGCCAAUGACAUUUAUAUAACACAUUUCAGUACAUGUAAAAUCAGUCUACUUAACACAGAAGAUAAAAACAUGGCAACACUUUAUAAUACAGCCCAUACCUAACGCGUAGUUCCCCUGUAAUUAAAUGGAAUAUCAAUGUAUUUUAUCUAAAAUUAAAAUUAAAAUUGUAAUUGUAUUUACCUACAAAUAUUUAGAGGUAGGGAUUUCUGAAAUGUUUAGUACUAUAAUCUAAUGAAUCCUAAAAUUGAUCUUGUAAACUUUGAGACAGGAUUGGUCAGUUAGGGUAAGUAGCUCCAUCUCCGUCCUGUAGCUACAUGACUAGUUUUAUCCCUCUACAUUGUGUCCAUCUUUUCCCUCAAUUUCAGGAGUUCUUUUCACUGUGGAAUUAAUUGUCUGAUUAUGAGAUUAAAAGUAGUUUUUCAUCUCAACUUUUCACACUCAAAUAUGUGUUUUUGACAGGUUUUCAUACAUUAGAGCCACAGCAGAGGGUGUUUUUCUUGAAAACAAUAUCGGAAUUAGGAUUAGAUGGAUUUGUGUAUAAGAAACACCAAUAGUCAUAGAUUUAUUUGUAAAAGUUUUUUUUCAAGGACACAUUCAUACUUCUUGUCACGCUAUUUAAUUGUACGUUUCUUGCUCCCAAUAACAUUUCUGACCUGUCAUCUAUGUUUAUUCUUCACAAAAAAUAUUACAUAAACAUUGUUUUGGCAGUAGUAUUAGCAGAAUCUGUUGUGAUAUUUUGACAACAUUGUGUGUUGUUAACAGAAUUUGACCUCUGUCACACCUAACAGCCAUUUUUGUUGUUAUGCAGGUCUUUCCAAGUACUCGGUGCCAUUUGAGGCACUAACUCCUUCCCCACAAAAGAAUUGAGUAUAUUUUGUAUUAAAAAUAUAUUAUCACAUUAUUUCUAAAAGCUUGUCUUAAAAUGUUAAACCCAAUUUACCUUUGUAAUAAAUUCUACAUUUC